AUGGCGACGUCGGACGGGCCCGAGUUUGCUCCCAUCGGGAGGUCAAACACCACUGGUAGCGCUAUUGCUCGCAUCUUGACCGGCGGCUCCAGGGCCUCGAAGAAGAGGGCGGACGAGGAUGAUCGGUAUUCCGACCCCGAGAAGCCGGAUGCGAGUGAUCCCAUCUCCAGCGACUGGAGCUUGAUGUCGGACCUGCAGGCGAUGCAGCAGGGAGGUGAGAAGGACGGCCAGAGUGGCCAGAGUGGCCAGAAGGGCCAGAAAUUGGGCGUGACGUGGACCAACUUGACCGUCAAGGGCAUCGGCGCCGAUGCGGCCUUCAACGAGAACGUGGGCUCGCAAUUCAACAUCCCGAAGCUGGUCAAGGAGAGCCGGCAGCCGGCGCCGCUCAAGACCAUCAUCGAGGACAGUCACGGCUGUGUCAGGCCAGGUGAGAUGUUGCUCGUCCUGGGCCGGCCGGGAGCUGGUUGCACGACCUUGCUCAAGAUGCUGGCCAACAGACGGCUGGGAUACGCAGAGGUGACGGGCGACGUGAAAUGGGGGACCCUCGACCCCAAGCAAGCUGAGCACUUCCGAGGCCAGAUCGCCAUGAACACCGAAGAGGAGUUGUUCUUUCCCACCCUGACCGUAGGCCAGACGAUAGACUUUGCGACGCGUAUGAAGGUCCCGUUCAAUCUGUCUCCCGGUAAGGGGUCGGCGGAAGAGUUCCAGCAGAAAACCCGCGAGUUCCUCCUCAAGUCCAUGGGCAUCAGCCACACCCAGGACACGAAGGUCGGCAACGAAUUCGUGCGCGGUGUUUCUGGGGGCGAGCGGAAAAGAGUCAGUAUCAUCGAGACGCUCGCAACUCGAGCGUCCGUCGUCUGCUGGGACAACUCGACUCGUGGUUUGGACGCCAGCACCGCCUUGGAAUACACCAAAGCGAUCCGGGCUCUCACCGACAUGUUUGGCCUCGCUUCCAUCAUCACUCUCUAUCAAGCCGGAAACGGAAUCUACAACCAAUUCGACAAAGUCUUGAUCAUCGACGAGGGAAAGCAGAUCUACUAUGGCCCCAGGACCGAAGCGAGACCUUUCAUGGAGGAGCUAGGGUUCGUCUGCGUCAAGGGAGCUAAUGUUGCCGAUUUCCUGACUGGCGUCGUCGUUCCUUCGGAGAGGAAGAUCCGGCCCGGCUUCGAGAAUUCCUUCCCGCGCACAGCUUCGGAGAUCCGGGACCGUUACAACGCCUCGGCUAUCAAGGCCGACAUGGAAGCCGAAGAAGCCGCCUACCCCAACAGCGACGAGGCAAGGAUGAACACGGAAACCUUUCGUAAUAGUGUCAUGCAAGAGCAGCACAAGAGUCUGCCCAAGGGAUCUCCUCUUACCGUGUCCUUUGUGACGCAGGUGAAGGCCGCGGUAAUUCGCCAGUACCAAAUCCUCUGGGGAGACAAAGCUACCUUCAUCAUCAAGCAAGCCUCGAACGUGGUGCUGGCCGUGAUCUUCGGUUCCCUCUUCUAUGACGCUCCCGCCCACUCGGGCGGUAUCUUUGUCAAAGGUGGUGCUAUAUUCUUGGCCCUUCUGCAAAACGCUCUCCUCGCCUUGUCCGAGGUCAACGACUCCUUUUCCGGUCGUCCCGUACUGGCCAAGCACAAAUCUUUCGCUCUCUACCAUCCGGCGGCAUUCUGUAUCGCACAGAUCACUGCCGAUAUCCCGGUCAUUUUCCUCCAGGUGUCGACUUUCUCGGUGAUCUUAUACUUCAUGGUUGGCUUGAAGUCGACAGCUGAAGCAUUUUUCACACAUUGGGCCAUCAUCUUCGCGUCCACGAUGUGUAUGACCUCUUUCUUCCGAGCCAUCGGAGCUUCGUUCAGCAACUUUGACGCUGCUAGCAAAGUCUCGGGGUUCGCCAUCUCGGCCAUCAUCAUGUACACUGGCUACAUGAUCCCCAAGCCUGACAUGCAGCCCUGGUUUGUCUGGAUUUACUGGAUCGACCCUCUCGCAUACGGCUUUUCGGCGCUUCUGGCCAAUGAAUUCAAGGAUACCAUCAUCCCCUGCGCGGGGCCAAAUCUGGUUCCCAUCGGUCCUGGCUACACCGACGUAGCGUUCCAGGCUUGUACUGGGGUUGGAGGAGCGUCUCCCGGCGCAGCAGUCGUUACUGGAAAUGACUACCUUGACUCCUUGUCCUAUGCACCGGGAAACAUCUGGCGCAACUUCGGUAUUGUCAUGGGCUGCUGGCUGCUUUUCGCGGUCGUCACGGUGGUCGCAACGAGUGGCUGGUCUGCGCAGUCCGGCAACAGUGGCUUCUUGCUCAUCCCCCGCGAGAAGGCUAAGCAGACCAAGCGCUUGACCUCCGAUGAAGAAUCGCAAUCCCGAGAUGGUAACCCCAAGGAUCCUCCUGCUUCCAGCAAGUCUUCGGGGGAGACCAGAGUUGACGACGAACUGGUCCGCAACACCUCGAUCUUCACCUGGAAGAACCUCUCCUACGUGGUCAAGACUCCGUCCGGAGAUCGGACUCUCCUGGAUAACGUCCAAGGUUGGGUCAAGCCAGGCAUGCUCGGCGCUCUGAUGGGAUCUUCUGGCGCUGGGAAGACGACUCUCCUGGAUAUUCUUGCUCAGCGAAAGACCGAUGGUACAGUCACCGGGUCCAUCCUUGUCGAUGGCCGUCCCCUGAACAUCAGCUUCCAGCGUUCCGCCGGGUACUGCGAGCAAUUGGAUGUUCAUGACCCAUUAGCCACCGUCCGCGAGGCCUUGGAAUUCUCUGCCAUCCUGCGGCAGCCCCGCACGACCCCUAUCGAGAAAAAACUCCAGUAUGUCGACACAAUUGUUGAUCUCUUGGAGAUGCACGACAUCGAGAACACCCUUAUCGGCACCACCAGCGCUGGUCUGUCAGUCGAACAACGCAAACGUCUGACCAUCGGUGUGGAACUUGUCUCCAAGCCUUCCAUCCUCAUCUUCCUGGACGAACCGACCUCUGGUCUUGACGGUCAAGCGGCUUAUAACAUCGUCCGAUUCCUACGAAAGCUCGCCGACGCCGGCCAAGCCGUUCUCGUCACCAUCCAUCAGCCCAGCGCUCAGCUUUUCCGGGAAUUUGACUCCCUCUUACUACUGCACAGAGGGGGUAAGACUGUUUACUUCGGCGACAUAGGCGAGGACGCGGCAAUUGUCAAGGACUACUUCAGCCGCAACGGUGCACCUUGCCCUCCAGAUGCCAAUCCCGCUGAGCACAUGAUCGAUGUCGUCUCCGGAAGCUUCAGCCAAGGAAAGGACUGGAACCAAGUCUGGCUCGAGUCGCCUGAACACCAAGCCGUGAUCAAAGAGCUCGAUCAGAUGAUCGCGCACGCGGCAGCCGAAGAACCGGCUACCACAGAUGAUGGCUUUGAGUUUGCUAUGCCUCUCUGGGAGCAGACCAAGAUCGUGACCGCACGUAUGAACCUGUCCAUUUGGAGAAAUACGGAUUACAUCAACAACAAGAUGGCCUUGCAUAUCGGCUCCGCGCUCUUCAACGGUUUCUCUUUCUGGAAGGUCGGAAGUUCCGUGGCGGAUCUCCAGCUCCGCCUCUUCGCGGUCUUUAAUUUCAUUUUCGUCGCUCCCGGUGUCAUGGCGCAGCUGCAACCUCUGUUUAUCGAGCGCAGAGAUGUCUACGAGGUUCGCGAGAAAAAGAGCAAGAUGUACUCGUGGAUCGCUUUCACCACCGGCAACAUCGUCUCCGAGGUGCCCUACCUCGUCGUCUGCGCCGUCCUCUACUUCGUCGGGUGGUACUACACCGUCGGUUUUCCCAGCGACUCGGGCAAAGCCGCCUCCGUCUUCUACGUGAUGGUCAUGUACGAGUUCGUCUACACGGGCAUCGGGCAGUUCGUCGCAGCCUACGCGCCUGAUGCCAUGUUCGCCUCCCUGAUCAACCCGAUCAUCCUCGGUAUGCUCGUCUCCUUCUGCGGCGUCUUGGUGCCGUACUCGCAGAUCCCGACCUUCUGGCGUUCCUGGCUCUACUACCUGAACCCGUUCAACUACCUCAUGGGCUCGCUGCUCGUGUUCGUCACCUGGGACGAGCCGGUGCGCUGCUCCGACGCCGAGUUCGCCGUCUUCGACACCCCCGUCCCGGGCCAGACCUGCGCCGAAUACCUCGCCGAUUACCUGGUGGGCAGCGGAGCGGCCGCGAACCUGACGAACCCGGAGGCCACGAGCGGGUGCCGCGUGUGCCAGUACCGCACUGGUGCGGACUACCUCCGGACGCUCAACCUGAAGGAGUAUAGCAACGGGUGGCGUGACGCGGGCAUUGUCACGAUGUUCGCGUGCAGCUCGUACGCGCUGGUCUACCUGUUUAUGAAGCUGCGGACGAAGAAGAGUAAGACGGCCCAGUAG